AUUGCAAAUCACACUGUAUGUUUUUCUUGCAUUCGACACUUCCAAUUCAAAAUGCCACUUGAGCUCUAUCUCGAUCUUCAUUCCCAGCCAUGUCGUGCUGUAUUUCUAUUUGCAAAGAUAACAAAAAUUCCCUUUGAGUACAAAGCCGUGGAUUUAUCUGCAGGUGAACAUUUUGGGGAAGAAUUUGGGAAGGUCAGCAUUUUAAGGAAAGUACCUGUCCUUAAAGAUGGAGAUUUCAUCCUCACAGAGAGCAUAGCAAUCCUGCAGUAUUUGGCAGUAAAACAUCACACUUCUGACCACUGGUAUCCAGCAGACCUGCAGAAGCGUGCACGAGUCGAUGAAUAUCUUUCUUGGCAGCACACAGCCCUACGAGCUCAUGGGUCAAAGGUUUUCUGGUUUAGGGGAGUCCUGCCUGUGGUCACAGGAGCCCCAGUGCCAAAGGAGAAGAUGGAUUCUGCCCUGGAGGACCUAAACAUGUCUUUGAAGACCUUUGAGGAGAAGUUUCUGCAAGACAGGCCCUUUAUAAUUGGACAAGAGAUAUCACUGGCAGAUCUAGUUGCCAUUGUAGAGAUGAUGCAGCCUGUUGGUACAGGUCUAGAUGUGUUUGAAGGUAGAUCUGCCCUGGGUGCAUGGAGAGAUCGAGUGAAGAAAGCGAUUGGUGUGGAAGUCUUCGAUGAAGCCCACAAGGUCAUCAUGAAUGUUGAUGUACUGCCACAGACAUUUGAAAACAAGGGUUUACCAGAGUUUCUCAAGGUUAGGAUUAUGAAAAUGUUCAACUGAACCUUUGUCUUCUCACUUUGAUUUCUUAGGGCAGUGGUUCUCAAACUGGGGGCCAGGCCCCCCAGGGGGGCCGCGAGAUGGUGCCAGGGGGCCCCAGUUUUAUGACAUUUUAUAAAAUACAUUCAAUUAUCAUGAAUUCUGUUUAAUUAAUCCUAAAAAAUAAGUCUACUAACCAACAGCACUAAUUUGUAUAACUUAAUAUGUUUUGUUUAAUUAAAAUGUUACAUUUUAGAACAGUUUUUGUCAUAAAUUUUCUUUGGGGGGGCCGCAAAAGAAUGCACCAUACACAAGAGGGGCCGCACACAGAAAAAGUUUGAGAACCACUGUCUUACGGUAUAGUUAAACAUUUUAACAUUAUGUUAUAAUGACUAUUCAAAAUAAAAAAGAAUACAAACAAUUCAA